AUGCGGGUGGAAGGAGAUGAACAGCAGCGAAAUGGGCGGCCACCGGCGGAGAAUGCGGAAAAGAAAGUGGAUGUGCGUGUUGAGGAGGGGGGGCAGUUUAAGAGUAAAGUCCCGGAGACGCCUCAAGAGCUGGAAGAGAGACGAGGCGUUGAGAGGUCUGGAGAAGAGGGCGGGAACAAGGGCGUUGAGGGAGCGAGCAAGGGCGUUGAGGGGUUGGAGAGUGUGGUGGUGGUGCUUGCAGGGGAAGAGGGGGAACGGGCGGAUGGCGGAGGGGGAACCGAUGGGCGGAGCGAGGGGGAAGGGGGGAGGGAAGGGGGUAGUGCGGUAGAGAAUGGAGGAGUUGAGAAGGUAGGAGACGGCGUCGUUGGGGGAUCAGUAGGGAAGGCUGAGGAAGGCGAGGGAGCUGCUGCUGCGCCUCUGACGUCACCUGUGUCUGUCUCUUCCCCUGUCCCUGUCCCUGCUCCUCUGCCUGUCUCAUCUCCUCGGCCUGUCUCAUCUCCUGUGUCUGCCUCUGCUCCUGUGCCUGCCUCUGCUCCUGUGCCUUCUCCUGUGCCUGCCUCUGCCCCUGUGCCUUCUCCUGUUCUAGCCUCUGCUCCUGUGCCUUCUCCUGUGCUUGCCUCUGCUCCUGUGCCUUCUCCUGUGCUUGCCUCUGCUCCUGUGCCUGCCUCUGCUCCUGUGCCUUCUCCUGUGCCUGUCUCGCCACCUGUCCCUGUCUCGUCACCUGCGCCUGUCUCGUCACCUGCGCCUGUCUCGGCCUCGAACGACAGGCAUCAAGAGGGCGGAGAAGAGCCGGGAAAGCAGACCAGGGAUGGGAUUCGUGGGAAUGGGAUGCCUGACGCGGUGCCCAAUGCUGGUAGCGGAGACGCUGAUAAGGCGGAUGAGGGGAGAAAGGAGAUGCGGUCCAAGGUGGAGGAGCUGCUGGCGCAGGCUGCUGCCCUGAGGGCGCGCGGACAGGCGCGUGGGGGAAGCGCGGAGCGGGGGAACGCGGGCCUGGGGGACGGGGGAGAGGGCGGAGAGGGGGAGGGGGAGGGGGGGAGCGACGGGGACGGGGAGGAGGAGGGGAGGUGGGAGGGAACCAGUGAGGAGGAAUCACCGAUGGAAAGGGAGAUAAGCUGGGGGGAUGAUGAUGAUGAUGAGGAUGAUGAGAGUAGUGCAGGGGAGGAGGAGCAGGGCGGAGGAGGCGGGGGCGGAGGGGGAGGGGGAGGGGGAGUGCACCGCAUGGUGCAUCUGCAGCGCGCCCUGGCGGAGCUGACUGCUGCUUCCAGGGAGAGGGAGAGGCGGAAGAGAGAGGCUGCAGACGCUGCUGCUGCCGCCGCUGCUGCUGGCGGUGGUGGUGGUGGUAGUGCUGCUGCUGCUGCUGCUGGUCGUGUCAGUGCUUCUGCCUCUGCCGUUGUCGGUACUGCGACUUCAGCUGGUGGUACUGCUGGUGAUGCUGCUCCCGCUGUUGGUGGUGACACAGCAAGAGCGGAAGGGGGAGCAGCAGUGGGAGCAGCAUCAGCAGGAGUUGGGACGGAACCUGCAGCAGGCUCAGUACCUGGAGAGAGGGAGAAGACAGACGUGAGUACGGCCAAUGCUUUGGAUGCAGCAGGAGAGGGGGCGGACAGACAAGGACAAGGGCCAGGUGAAGGGGCUGGAGACGGGGAUAAGAAGCAAGUAAAAGAGGCUGGGGACGGGGCAGGGGAGGCCCAGGGGGAAGGAGGCAAGGACGAGGGGCAGCAGAAACAAGAUGUUCCUGUGGGAAAGUUACAGAAGGAACUGAAAGGGCUCGAGCUGAUGCUGGCACGUGUGAAGCAGCGGCAGGUGGAGGAGCAGCAGCAGAAGGAGAAGGAGAAGCAGGCUGAGGCGGAGAGGGAGAGGCGGAAGGAGGAACAGCAGAGACAGAGGGAGAGGAAGCAGCGGGAGGAGCGGUUUAACGAGCUGCUGGAACGGCAGAGGGAGGAGGAGGAGGAGGAACGGGGGGGGAAGGGAGGCGGAUCAGGGUCAGGGAGUGGCGGGGGAGGGGGAGACAGGAAGGCAUUGCUUGCAGGGCUGACUCUUGCUGGUACAGGCGCUGAUGCAGGGAUGAAGGGGAAGGGCAAAGGAAGCUCUGCCAAGAAAGGUAGUAGCGGAGGGGGAAGAGAAGCGGAGGAUGACGAGGAGGAAGAGGAUGAGGAGAGUGAGAGACCGAUGGGGUUGGAGGAGGCAAAGGCGCACCUGCUGAGAGUGGCAGCAGAGGGGUUUGAGAGGAAGCGCAGAGCAGAGGAAGAGGAUCCGCAGAUGACGGUUGGGGCGCUGCCUGUGAUUCCCGAGGGGGAUAAGGAAGGAGAGGAGACGGAUGAUGAGGAGGGGGUGGUGGGGUCGAUAGGGGGUGGAUGGGCGAGAGGAGUGGUGGGAGUCAGGGCUGCUGAGCGGGAGGAGGUGGAGGGGAAGGUGGAGGAGAAGAAGGGGAGUGGGGAAGAGGCGAAGGGAAAGGAGGAGGAGGUGAGGAGGGAGCAGAGCGCUGGAGGUGGUGGUGGAGGAGGAGGAGGGGGAGUUGCAAGAGGCUCCUCCUCCCCGCCCUCCUCCCUCGCUCCACAGCCCUACUCCCUUGCUGUUCCCGCCUCGCCUCGCACAAGCUUCCCCUACUCCAUGCCGGCCUCUCCCUCCUCUCUUGUGGUGCGGGACGUGGAUCAUGCAAAGAAGCAGCUCCUAUCCAUGGCAGGGGAGGCGAAGGAGCGGAUUGGCGGGCUCGAGCGCCAGCUGGCGGCGCGGGACGCAGACGUCGCCAGGCUGGAGGAUGAGGUGGCGGCGCUGCGCGCUGAAUCGGACCGGCGAGAGGCGGAGGUGGCAAGGCUGGUGGAGAGGUUAAAGGAGCAGGAGGAGAGAUGGGCUGCUGCCUCUGCUGCUGCCGCUGCUGCUGCUGCCACUGGCACGAGCAGGGCAUCAGGGGGAGGAGUGGGAGGUGCAAGCAGCAGCAGAGUAGGCCUAGCAGGCAGCCGGGUGGAAGACCAGAGGAGAAGGCUCGAGCAGCAGCCGCAGCAGCAGGUGAUAUCGAGAACGGUCAUGCUGCAGAGGCAGCUGCAGGCAGCUGCUCCCCGGCCAGGCAGAGGUCCCCGGUGGCAGACCUUGGAGCGGCGCCUGGAGCAGAAAGAUGAGGUGCUGGUUCGGCUCAUGGGGAUUGCCAAGGACCGGUGGCGGGAGGUUCGGCGCGAGGUUCGGCGCAAGGACAAGGUGAUUGCAGAGCUGGCUGAAAUGGUGGUUCGGGUCCAGGCUGAGAGGAGGUCCGGUGGUGGUAGUGGUGGUGGAGAGAGUGUGGGGGAGGGAGGGAGUGAGGGAGGGGAUGGCACGGGGAGGAAUAGCUUGGAGGAGGAAGUGAGGAAGUUGUUGGAGUUUGCACUGAGGCAUGGGGAGGAGGUGGAGGGGGUUCUUACUAAGGAAGAGCAGAAGCUACAGGAGGUCUUUGAAGCAGCAGACAUUGAGGGGCUGAAGUGGGGUGUAGAUUCGGGGAUAGUUAUGUCGGGGGCUGGUAGCAGUAGUGGAGAUGCAGGAGGCGUGUGCGUGGUGUCUGGUCAGGAAGGCAAUGGUGAAGAGACAUUAUCAGCGCCGAAAUCGCCAGGCUUCCCUUCAGCCAUGGCGUUAUCACUCCGUCUCCUCGCCGUGAUCCUUGCUGUGAGCUCCAUGGCGGUCGUCGGCGCGCAGCGAGUGGACGUGUCGUUCAACCAGAACUUCGUCUUCCCCUCGUGGUGCAAGCCGCCCUUCUGCACCAGCGCGCCUGACGGAAGCAUCACCCUCGCCGUCACCCCCAAAUCCGUCGGAGUCUUCGAGUCCAAGGGUGUGUACAGCUACGGCAUCUACUCCGUGCGAAUGAAGCUCCCCGCGGGCUACUCGGGCGGCAUUAUCCCGUGCAUUUACCUCAUCACGCCCGGCGCCUCGUCAUACCAGUCGAUCCACGACGAGAUCGACCUCGAGUUCCUCGGCGGCACGGAUCCGCGCAACAUCACCAUCCACACCAACCUCAUCACGGGCGGCCAGGUCAAGCUGGAGCAGUUCCGCUUCCCUUUUGACCCGUCGGCGGCGUUUCACACGUACACGAUCGUGUACUCACCGGAUCGGGUGAUGUGGCUGGUGGACAAUACGCCCAUCCGCAUCACCAGCAGGACGCCAGGGAAGCCUUUCCCAUCCGACAACGUCAAGAUCAUGGGCUCCAUUUGGGACGCGUCGUCGUGGAGCAAGCUCAAGCCCAGCUACGCGAACGGCCCGAUCAAGGUGCAAUACAGCCACUUCGACGUGCGUAGGACGUGCCGCGUGCCGCCCAGCGGCGCCGUUCCUCCCUGCAAGUCGUGGCGCAACGUCGCCCAGGCGCCGUGGAUGGGGGUUCCAACGGCAGCCCAACUGGCGCGUUUUAGACAGUACCGGCAAAGGUUCCUUGUGGCUGACUACCCUUGGGGUCCUGCCAAGUGA